CAAAGCGACGAGAAAGAGAAGCUAAGUUCAAAAAUCGCCGCUAUGGGGUUUAAGAGAGGUUUCAUUUCGUCUGGUUGGCUCUAAAAUUUCCUCUUCACUCUUGGAGACCUUAUCUCAUAACAAAAAUGGCUUCCACAGCCACUUUAACCCAAAGAGCUCAAAUUCAGUACCCAAAUUGGUCAAUAAAACCUCCUAAGUUCAACAAAAUUUAUAAACCCCACAAAAAUCUUCUUUUCCUAUCUGUUCCCAUUUCUCAUUCUCUGUCUAACACUUCUCUAUCUUCCUCUUCUUUCCCUUUAAACCCUAAAUUCCCGCGUAAGCUCCUUCCUUCUCACCCAUUACAUGAUGCUACUGAAGAGCACCUACUUGAAGACAUGGAUAAUUCAAUGCCAAAUCUCCAAAAUUUUGAAAAUUUGAUUAAAUUUGACUUACCCAGCUGCAGUAGCCAAAAUCAUCAAAUUUUAGGUCAAGAAUCGCCCAAAAGAGUUUUUAUCCAAGAUCCACCAUGGAUUUCAGCUCUUUUUUUAAAGGGUCUUUAUAAGGUGGCCAAUCGAAAAUUUAAGGUAGAGUUUAAAGAUAUUGAGAAGAGGAAAUAUAAUUUGUUAAGGAGGAGACAAAUUAGAGAAGAGACUGAAGCGUGGGAAAGAAUGGCUGACGAAUACAAGGGUAUGGUUAGGGAAAUGUGUGAUAAGAAAUUGGCACCAAAUUUACCAUAUGUGAAAGGAUUGUUUUUGGGGUGGUUUGAGCCUUUGAAAGAGGCAAUUGAGGCUGAACAAAAAUUGCAGAGAUCGAAGAAGCAGAAGUCAGCUUUUGCUCCCCAUAUUGAGUUGUUGCCAGCUGAUAAGAUGGCUCUGAUUGUGAUGCAUAAGAUGAUGGGGCUUAUGAUGGUUGGCCAUGAAGAUGGGUGUGUGCCUGUUGUCCAGGCUGCAGUGCAAAUUGGCAUGGCUGUAGAGCAGGAGGUUAGAAUUCACAAUUUCUUGGAAAAAACUAAGAGUUUCCAGAGGAAGAACGCGGUAGGUGAUGCUCAAGAGAGUCUUAGCAAAGAGAAGGAAGUACUCAGAAAACGCAUUAACAAUUUGAUUAGAAGAAAAAGGCUUAUUCAGGUGCAAAAGCUGGUGAGAAAUGAAGAAACAAAACCUUGGGGUCGAGAUACACAGGCUAAGUUGGGAAGUCGCCUGGUAGAACUAUUAAUUGAAUCAGCUUUUGUUCAACCUCCAGUUAACCAGUCACCAGAUACUCUACCUGACGUGCGACCUGCAUUUAGGCACAGAUUUAGAACUGCAAAUAAUCCAGGGCGGAAAAUUAUGAAGAGGUAUGGGGUUAUAGAAUGUGACCCCCUUGUCCUUGCUGGACUUGAUGGAUCUGCUAAACAUAUGAUGAUUCCUUAUUUUCCAAUGCUAGUACCUCCCAAGAAAUGGAAAGGGUAUGACAAAGGUGGGCACUUUUUUUUGCCUUCAUUUCUCAUGCGUACUCAUGGAUCUAGGAAGCAACAAGAUGCACUUAAACAUGUUCCUGGGAAAAAUAUGCAGAAAGUAUUUGAGGCACUGGAUACACUUGGAAAUACCAAAUGGAGAGUGAACAGAAGAGUUCUUGAUGUGGUGGAAAGCAUAUGGGCAGGGGGCGGCAAUAUUGCAGGCUUGGUUGAUCGAGCAGAUAUUCCAAUACCAGAGAAACCAAUAUCUGAGGAUCUAACAGAGAUUCAAAAGUGGCGGUGGAGUAUGAGGAAGGCGAAGAAGAUAAACCGAGAGAUGCAUUCUCAACGAUGUGACACUGAACUUAAGCUUUCUGUGGCUAGGAAACUGAAAGAUGAAGAUGGCUUUUAUUAUCCUCACAAUCUUGAUUUUCGGGGACGUGCAUACCCAAUGCAUCCUCAUUUGAGUCAUUUAAGUUCUGACCUUUCUCGAGGAAUUCUGGAAUUUGCGGAAGGACGACCCCUAGGGAAGUCUGGGUUACAUUGGCUGAAGAUACAUUUGGCAAACCUUUAUUCAGGAGGUGUGAAAAAACUAUCGCAUGAAGGACGCCUGGCAUUUGUGGAGAAUCAUUUGGAUGAAAUAUUUGAUUCAGCAGCAAAUCCUGUCCAUGGAAAACGCUGGUGGUUAAUGGCAGAAGAUCCUUUCCAGUGCUUAGCUGCUUGUAUUAAUCUAUCAGAAGCCUUAAAGAGCUCAUCACCAUAUAAUGUCAUUUCUCACCUGCCAAUCCAUCAGGACGGAUCUUGCAAUGGCUUACAGCAUUAUGCAGCCUUGGGAAGAAACAGUCUGGAAGCAGCAGCAGUUAACUUAGUUGCUGGAGAAAAACCUGCUGAUGUUUAUACAGAAAUUGCUGUGAGGGUCCAUGAAAUAAUACUAAAGGAUAGCAGUAAGGACCCGGCUACAAAUCCAAACGCCUUGUUAGCCAAGCUCUUAAUUGAUCAGGUGGAUCGAAAAUUGGUUAAACAAACAGUGAUGACUUCAGUAUAUGGUGUAACUUAUGUUGGGGCACGUGAGCAAAUAAAAAGACGAUUAGAGGAGAAGGGUCAUAUUACAGAUGAUAGACUGCUAUUCAGUGCAGCUUGCUAUACUGCUAAAGUGACGAUGAAGGCCCUAGGAGAAUUAUUCCAAGCUGCACGUGAUAUAAUGUCUUGGCUUGGUGAUUGUGCAAAGGUUAUUGCUUCAGAAGAUCAACCUGUGCGGUGGACAACUCCUCUAGGUCUUCCUGUUGUGCAACCAUAUUUUAAGAGUAAACGACAUCUUAUACGAACUUCACUUCAGGUUUUGGCCCUGCAGCGGGAGGGUAGCUCGGUAGAGGUUAGAAAACAGAGAACUGCAUUCCCUCCUAAUUUUGUGCACUCGCUUGAUGGUUCUCACAUGAUGAUGACAGCAGUGGCAUGCAGAGAUGCUGAUUUGCGGUUUGCAGGUGUGCAUGACUCCUUCUGGACACAUGCAUGUGAUGUGGAUUUGAUGAAUCGAAUUCUCAGGGACAAGUUUGUGGAGCUUUAUCGCAUGCCAAUUCUUGAAAAUUUGCUCGAGGACUUCCAGACAUCAUAUCCAGCAUUGACAUUUCCACCUCUCCCAGAAAGAGGCAACUUUGACUUGCAAGAAGUUCUAAAAUCUCCAUACUUCUUUAAUUGAUUCUCCAACUAGCAGUAACCAAACCAUUCCUUAAACAGAAGCAUCAGUAUUCUGUUUUUAGCCCAAGAAAGGCCAGGAGAUCCGUGGAAUGCAGCGUUGAGCUGACGUUUCAAGUGGGAAACAGUAGCCUCAGGUUUCUCCUCUGGAGAUCCAGAAAGGUUUUGUACAGAUACCUAUUGCCUUUGGUACACCUACAAUCGAGAGGGCUUCUCAAAGACUCUGUACAUGGUAAUCAGGAUUGAGACAGCAAAUUCUAGCAGGGAGAAUUAACUGCUUAGCUGGUCUACACAACUACAUAGUGAAGGAAACUCGUCCUCCAGUUGGAUUACAAUUAUUGAUUUCAAGCGCAUGGAGAUGUUUUCUGGAAACUAAUCUGCAGAAAGAUACAAAAUAAGUCGAUUCUUUUUCAGACAAGGUAUACAACCCGCUCAAUAAUAUACGCAGCAGGUUCUCUUAUUUUUUCUCAUCAUUUGAAGAGUUCAUAGACAGGUUAGGCUUUGUUACUUUUGUCACCAUGUAUAAUGUAUUCUAUCACGACGAAUGAGACAAGUUGAUACAUGCUAGGAAAUGCUAACUGUAAUAUCUAUAUAGCAAAUAGCAAAAUCAGUCACAAGUUUACUGAAGGAAAUGCAAUAUAAAGAUUUUUGGACAAGCUUCGUUUUGACCAGUAUUUUAGGUUCAAGUUGUAUCUCUGUAAUAAUAUUUGUCAUGGUUUUUGAAA